CAAGUUGAAGAACGCUGUCUGGCGUGGGCAGGUGUCUGUAUGUCGAAGACUACCGAGUACCUGUGAUGGUGCUCGAAAUGAGAACGUUCUAUGCUUCACAUUAUUUCUAAAAAUGGACUAUUUCCUUAAGAAAAGGAUUUACUUACGGCCACCUUUUGAGAGGAAGAAGAAGAAAGAGAAGAAGAGCACGAGGAGCGCUGUUUUGGUACCUAUUCUAUGGUGAACCAUACCUUUUCUAGUCCACCAUACCUACCCUAGCUAUAGUUCCCGACUUGUCCGAAGAACGUAGAAUGUCUGACGCAACUGCAGGGCCUUCAGCGGCUGCUGAACCUGAAAUUUCAGACCAGUCGAAGACUGAGCCCGGUAAUGUAUAACCACAUAGCGCGCUGACCGCCAACCAUUUGCGCAGACUGAUACAGCCGUUAGCGCUCUUGAUUUGUGGAAAGGGAGGGGCAUACGCCUUUUUGCGACGAUUAUCAUAAGUUCAUAAGUGUCACGAAAAGGCGUAGACUCUGAGAACACAUUCCCACGAAUGAUAAGGUUACCGCUUGUGGACGCUUAAUCAUUUCAUCGUCGCUACGGUCGUUACGAGCUAACGGGUGGCGGAAAAUUCCAAAUUACGGGCACGUGACACAUUGCGCGUGGCGUAUACCACGCCCUUCACGUAUCGCGCGAAGAGCGCCGUGCACGUGUUUUACCACGUGCCCUUCUCGAUGAGUGCCCCUCCCCUCGUUAGCUCGUAACGCGUGCAAGCGAUUGAGACCCCUGAUUCGAGGAGCGAGGGGGCGAAGGCCUUUUUGUGCCGCAAUUUGGAUAUACGAUAAUUGAUACAAAAGGGCGUACUCCCCUCUCCCUAAUCAAAUCAGAAUGGAUCACCCUAUCAUCUUGGCACACACCGUGCUAUGCGAUGAAGUUACGUUCUGAGAGUGUAUGUCUCUCUUUUUCAAAAAAAUAAAAUAAAAAAAAAUAAAAAAAAUAAAUGAGAAUCAGGGGAGGUAACGAUGUCCUUCGGGAUGCUGACAGGCUCUUUCCGGGGUGCCGGAAGGGGUAUAUUCAUCGAGCACUAUUUUCUCUUCCCACAUACAGAAACUGACGUGUAUGUAGCCGCCCUGCAGUGUGCGGGGCUAGAUGUUCUCUUAUUCCUAUGGACGGUAAGUGUUAUGUAACAGCGCAUACAAUAUGCAGAGACGAAGAGUUGAAAUCGACGACCAAGUUUGUGAUCGCUGUAGUGGCAAGCGCUAUCAUCCUCGCCGUGGUAAUAGGGUAUCUUACACGAGAAGCAGAUAUACCGAUAGCGGGAACGACAGAUUCUGAAGCACAAGGUCCAAGCGCAACGUCGACGCCAGAGCAAUGGAGUCUUCCUCCCUAUGGCACAAUUUGCAUUUCAAAGAAGUUGUGCGAAUACUCCCUUUGGGGCUCGUGCACUGAUAUUAUUGUGAUGGCAAAGGAUACUCAAGUUACCAUACGAACACCAGAGCAAAUACUCCAGAAUUUCGGGAGAAACCGAUUUUUUCUCGGGCUUGAUCAGGACAGCACCACGAAAGAUAACAAUCGAUUGUUCAACAUAAUUCCUAUGAUAAUUGGAGCUGGGUUUCUAGGCAUUCAGAAAUCGAACAUAACAAAUGUGAAAGCCAAGUUGGAGGAGAUCGUGAAAUAUGAUUUGUUAAGAACGAAAGUGUUCUUCGCGGGAUUCCAGAUGAGCAAAGACUUAACUGCGGCUGACAUCAAGGUUAUGACAAAAGGGCUUACGUUCAUCAUCAUAGAAACCCACCGCGAGUCAGCAGACACUUCCAAGGUCCUUCCACCAUCACUGUUUAUUCAGGGAAGUCACGGAGGUGAAGCCACUUUCGAAGACGUCUCUACCUUGCUGAAGAACUUGAGGAAUUUCGUGCCGAAACUCCUCAUGUCUGCCACGGUCUCUGUAUUCCAGUACAAGGUUGCGUCCCCGCUUCGUGAGACGAACCUGUACAGUGAAGCUGUUUUGCUUGCCAAGGAAGAUGUUGACUUUCCUGAGGAGAACGAAUGUAACUCCACCAUUGAAGACCAGAACAGUGCGGUGCUAGUGAACGCGGCGAAGACAACUGCGUAUCUAUAUGAAAACGCAUUUUCUCUUAAGGCUAAGAUGGAUAUGGCCAGGAGCAAGAUAGGAAAGGACGCGGAUAUUUCGUGGGCGCUGUACUCAACCAGAUGUCAAGAUGACCUUCGCCAGGAAAGAUCGUGUGUGGAAAGAAAACCCGAUCCCAAGAGGACAAUGGAGUCGAAGAAGUGGGAAGCACGUCCGAGGCUUUACUGUGUCAUCGGCCCUUGUCCUGCAUCUCGAGACAAACAUCUAACGGAACCAUGCACGGACAUUAUCUACUAUGAUAAUGCAUGGGACGGCAGUACGUCACCGACGAACAGUGUUUACAUGGAGGCAAAGGCACCCACCAAAUCGCAGCGGUACUACUUAGGCAUUGCAGGGUCCAAGCUAACCGUUGCAGACGCCGUAGUGAAAGGCAUCAUAAGAAGAGCGGCGAGGGGCUUUGCAGGCAUCGCGGUGCUAGACUAUGAGGUCGAACCGGAGGCCGAAUAUUUGAUUGCCGAAACAUUAUUCAAGGACAUUACGGAAACCGGGAUGGACAAGGUUUUGGUGCUUCCUGCAAAGAACCCUGUCGUCGAGAUGGCCACCAGUAACAAAAUUAUUCUGGACACUGUGUACCCCAUUUUUCAAUCACAUUCUAUCGACGUCUACCCUUUCUGCACGUUCCAUCCAACCGCUGCGUACAUGGAGGAAUCGAGUAACUCUUCAGAACCUACUAGGCUGAUUUCUGCCGCACGUCUUGCAGAAGAGUUCUCGAAUGCUGCGCUAUCUAUCACCUUGGAAGUGAACGAAUACACGUUCUCUGCUGUCCAGGCCGCAGUUCCCGAAUGGGGAAGUGAAUGCGUGAACUGCAUCAGCCGUCCGAUGGUCGCCAAAGACUGCCCAACACCACCAAGCAAAGCCCACAAGAAUGAGAAUGCAGCUGUCAUAUCUGGAACAACUAUUGCUGUUUACGAGAACGUUGAAAGCGUAACAGCGAAGAGAGUCAUAUGGGAGAGAAACUGGGCAGUUUUCGGCAUCCCGUGUGCAGAUAUACCGUCGUGUCCACUAAAAGACGUUAUUCAUAACAUGGGUUCCAAUGGAAGAAUUUGAUAAGGAUUCAACGCAUGUCAUAUCGAAGUAAAACAUAUUUAUUAUCGA